AUGACAUUACUUGUUGGCGACCGUGUUUUAAGAAACGCUUCUUCAUUUAACGAAGCAUCACAACCAUCAGAUCAUUCUAUUCAAGAUCCUGUAUGCGAGCCCGCAGUGCCCGCCGAUACCCGCAAACAGAGCUCAACCUCACCAAUAACCAACGUGGGGAACACUUCUACUACUACCACCGGCGAUGCCUCCAGCAGCAGUCCUAGCAAAAAGCAUGGCACACAGCAACUUUCUAUGUUGCAAUCUCGAACACAACAUCAUUCACCCGUGAGUCCGUCUCUCAAGCUUAAAUCGACGCCUUCUCCUAGACAGUCUCCGUCCCACAGAGACCACCUAAACUUACCUUUAAGUCCUUCCGCAUCCUUUAUCGGAGCAUCUUUGCAAAAUUUAACCACUGUUCCUCGUUUGUCCCCAAAUCAGGUUUGCAAUGAUUCAACUGAACCUGAUGAGGCAGAGUCACCUAUAAAAUCCCCAUCUUCUCCUUCCAAAAAGCAUCACCAUACCAUAUCCAUAUUUUCAAAACCUGACGGGAGUCCCAAGCUUAAAUCUUUGGAUCGGUUUGGCCGAGGCAAUACUGGGCUCUCAAUGCGGCCAGCAAGAGCAACUGCACAGCAAACAACCGUUAUUCCAUCUACAUCUUUUUUUUCUCGAGCGGCAUCAAACCCUCUUUCGCGAGCAAAACCCCACUCGUUGUUUGAAGUUAACAGCAGUAGCAGUAGCAGCAAUAGUAAUAAUAAUAAUAAUAAUAGCUCAGCAAUUCCCCCAAUUAUUGGGAUUUCGCCCACACCGCCUUCAUCGCAAUCAUUUACCCUCACUGCAUACUCAAAUUCCCAAAUCCCUCCCAUUGUACCGGAUUCCACUACACCUCCACUGGGACAUUCGUCUCCUCGCAAAAACGACGAUCCACCUACACACGGCAUUAUUUCUUCUCACAUGAGUAUAGACGGGGAACCAUCCACCCCAGUCAAGACUAAGCGAAUAUUCGAGAAUACAAAUAAUGAUAAUAGUCCUCUUGCAGCCAAUGAUAUGCAGAUGGACUACAACAGCAUUAUGUUUCAAAGUACACCACAAAAGCCAGCCCAUUCCACCGGCAUUUUUAGACGUCCUCUUCUAUGGCCAACAGCAUCAUCAGCAUCAGCAUCAGCAUCAGCAUCGACAUCGGCAUCAGUGGCUACAAUAGGAACAGGAGCAACCCUAGCGCCGGUUCAAGCAUCUGAGCAAAUAGAUGGAAAUAACAUUUUUGAUUCCAUCACAAGCAGCAUGACGAGUGCAGAUCUUACACCGGAAGCAAGUGGAAUGGAUGCUCAGCAACAACAGCAUAAUCAACAACCUCUAAACCCACAACAACGGGAUUCAAUAUUCAAAUUUGAAGGAGGAACAGAUACGUUUCGUAGUCCGUUAAAACCCACAGACACAUUAGGGCCGGUAGUCAGUGAAGACCACAUUUGUGGUAGUGGUAGUGGUACCAUCACCAACCAAAGCACUACGGUCGACAACAAUACAGGAACCAACGAAGAAAACGAUGCAAAUACAAGCAACGCUGAUGCAGAUGACGUCAACAGUAGCCGUGAGGCUUCUCCUGUGCGCGCCAAAGCCCCGACGCGAGGCAUUCUGAAGCAAACUCCAUACGAGCAUUAUGAUUACCGACCAGCUGUGCGGCGGGAAAAAAAUGUGAGAUUUGGUGAUGAUUUGCUUGCAUCGCGUGUUUUUACACAAGAAGAAGACGAGUUUAUUGAAGAGACUGAAGAGGUUUUGGGUCCCGACGACAAUACAUUUGAUGAGGAAGGAGAUGAUGAUGAAAAUGAUGAAGACUAUAAUCCCGAGGAAGACGAGGACGAAGAUGAUUUCUUUGGCGAUGAUAGUGCAUUUAAUGGAUCUUACAACUCGUAUAAUGAUCCGGAGGAUUAUCCUCAGGGCGACAUUGCAUGCACAAACAAGAUCCGGAACGAGACGAUUGGACAGAUUGCUCAGCUUCCACCGUUGCAAUCGAUUGAGUCGAUUCGCAAGAGUAUCCACGUGAAUAUGUAUCGUAACAUGGUUACUGAUGAGAUUCAAGAACAUCUGGGGGUCAAAUACAGUAUGCUUCCUGGAAUGCAGCGGUUGGCCGAUCGACUAGCAACCAAGCUUUACAGUCUAUUAUAUGAGUCUGGUGGUAGUGGAAGCUACGAUUUGAGUAAUUUUGAUGCGGCUGUGCGUGCACUUGUUGAGGAAAAAGAGGGUGAAGAUAAUGAUGAAGAAGAAGAAGAGGAGGAGGAAGAAGAGGAAGAUGAAGAAAACGAAAAUGAUCAACAUGAAGAUGAAGAUGAAGAUGAAGAUGAUGACGUUGAAACUAACCAUGAAGAGGACCAAGCUGAUGAUGACAUCGAGACUGGAAGCCAGACUAGUGCCUCGUCGAACGGGAGUAUUGUGGUUGAGGAGUCAGGCAGUGCACCAAGUCUUGCUGCCCAAAAACCAUCUUUUCGCGCAUACCCUCCUAUUGAUGAUUUACCCAAUGCGGAGUCCUUUUCCAAGUCUGAAGAGAUUAAUGAUGAAGAAGAGGAAAAUAGAGCUGAAGGUAAGGUGGAAGAUGGGGAAAAGAAUAAAAAAACUGAAGACAACAAUGAUAACGAUGACGAAAAAAACAAAAAAGGCAAUAGGGCACUACGACUUGGAACUGCACACCAGCUUGCAGCAGAACCAGUGCUACGUGGUGCUGUGCUUGAAAUUCUAACCAAACGGUAUCCUCAUGAACCCACCUGGGAGGGCAAUUCAUUUGCACAGGCCAAUUCUGGGUUCAACGGGGCUGCCAUAAAUCCUAGUACGUCUACAUCUUUGUUGUCUUCAUCUUCAGCCGGUAUAAAUGGAGCAGCAAGUAAUGGUGGACUUGUGGGAAGUACAGGGACUAGACGACCAAUGAUUAGAUUGCAUCUCCCGCCACAGCAACCACAAACACAUCUUCAUUCGCAACCAGUGCCGGUGCAUACGGUGGGUUCUUCGGUUGCCGGACACAAGCGACUGCGCUCAGCAGAUGCGUUUUAUUAUCAUCAUGUUCAUGAGCAUGAGCAACAAGAGCUUGAGAACAGUCGGUCCAUUGAAAUGGAUAUGGAUAUGGACAUGGACCAAUCGUCGCAUCCUACGGCAGCAGCAGCGUUACUCGUAUUAAGAGACCAAGUUCCAGGUGCUUCAACAGCACAGCAGCAGUCGGCAGUGGAAAAUGUGUCGAUGGGUAGCAGCAACAACAAUGAAUCCGAACAUGGAUCAGGACACUCAUUGUUUGGCGGAAACAGAUGGUGGUUUACGGGUCCUCAUGUAGACUCUGUCAAUAAAGAAGCAUUGAAUGCAGGCUUACCCGCGCUCCCCGCCCCUGAGACUUUUCCUGGAAUGGUUGAGUAUGAUGAAAGACCCGGGCUGUCACCUUUGACGUCGCCAGUAAAAGGAGGAGGCUCAGAAGCUGCAGCAGCGGCUGGGUUUCGGCGAGCGUUUCCUGGGGAAGCUGCACGGAGAAACCGGCGAGCAGGCAAGCCUUCAUCGUCGUCGUCGUCGCUGUUUGAGCCGCCUCACAGUGAGCCUUCUGAGGCAGUUACCGGGAUGAUGAUGCGGGGAGGGAGCGAAGCUGGGCCAGCGCCGAAACGGCGGUGCUUGAGUGUGAUCCGGUCAUCCACUGGUGGUGGUAACGGUAACCCACCGGGGACCCCACAGCAUCACCAUCAUGGACUACCGAGCGCGGCGGCGUUGUUUGGGUUAGGAAUGAUGCCGCAGAACCAAAGUAGUGCGGUGUCAUUGUCGCCGUCAUCUCCUGUGAAGCAUGACAGCAGCGGGGGGGCUGAAAAUCAACAAAGUCCCACGAGACAAGUCAGGAAAGAAGGGGAAGAAGGAGGGGCUACUAUUGCUACUGGAGAUGAUACUAAGUAA